AUGGCAACGACGAGUAAGCUGUCAUUUCGGGCGAGAAAUUUGGAUGCGACGAAAUCGAUGCCUGUAUACUGCGCUGAUGAAUUACCCGACCUGGCCGAAUGCACACCGAUCAAUCGGGCAGUGGCACAAAUGCCAACGGGUAUGGAAAAAGAUGAAGAAAAUGAGUCGCAUUUGCAAGAGGCGAUCCUUGCGCAGCAGGCCAGUACAUCGGGUAUUGCUGUAGAGAAUCAUGUUAUACCAACGCCAAAAGUUUUCACUGUUGAUCGUGGAUACUAUGAUGCACUAUAUCCGGUACAACCAGCACCAUCUAUCAAUCAGCUCAUCAAAGUACAAGCUUCAUUAUCGCUUGGAAAUGAGGAGCCUGAUUAUGAUAUUGAUAGUGAGGAUGAGGCAUGGUUGGCCGAACGUGGGGGACUUACUGCAGCGAGUGAUUUCGAAAAGAUGAUGGAAUUGCUGGAAGGUGCCAGCAGCGGUUUACAAAUAUGCCAGCCUAAUGAGGCGCGAUCAUUGCUCAAGGAUUUCGAAACAGAUCUCGUUGAUGAUGUUUAUGAUUACUGGUUACAAAAACGCAAGGAUGCGGCAGCAUCGCGUAAGAUUGCCUCAUUGAUACCACGGGUAAAAACGGAUGCACGUCGAGAUGCUUCGGGUUCGGAUAUUGCUUAUGUUGCGUUUCGGCGACGUUUAGAACGAAUGCAGACCAGAAAAAAUCGUAAGAACGAUGAAGAUUCGUAUGAAAAGAUACUGAAACUUGGCCAUGAUCUCAGCAGGGUUGUUGUUCUCUUCGAUAUGCUUAGACGAAGGGAACAUACCAAACAGACCGUCAUAGGACUAGAUGACAAAAUAUGCAAAUGUCGAUGGGCUGUUUCUGACUUCAAUUGUGUUCUUUACAACCACAUACUGUCUAAAGUGAAAUUGGAACGAAAUACGACGAUGAGCCCUACCGAAGAGUCGCAGGAUGAAUUGCUAAGUAGUAUGUCACCUACGAAAAGCAAAGCACAAAAGCGGAAACGACAUUCCAGAACUUCGACAUCUGAAGCGGAUAAAGAUCUAGUCAGUCGGACAUGGUUGAGACGAAACGCAGAGCUGUGGAAUAAGCCAGCAACUGCUGCCAAUGUACUGAAUGCCGGAGCAUCUCCAAGCACAGUUUCAACAGCUGAUGCUGAGCGUAACGCAGAAGCGGCAUUAGAUGGCCGAUAUACAUUUAAGAGACGACGUGGAUGCAGAUAUCGGUCGAGUUUGUUCUCGAAUCCACCGGAAGUUCCAAAGGUUAGUCCCGCAGAACGUUUUUACCGGACGUUUAUGCCUUCUGCAAAUGGCGUGCGCUGUAUUGGUUACGCAAGACGAAGGAUGGGGCGAGGCGGAAGAAUCAUAUUCGAUCGUCUUCUGCUUUCUGCACCUUCAACAUCACAGUCUGCUCCGGACCCACCAUUCUGUUCGGUUAUCGACACCACAAAAAGUUAUCAGUGCAAGCUAACGGCUGUUGAUGGCAGUAAGGAUGAUAAUGAUUCAUCGGAUUCUGAUGACAGUCAUAAGAACUGGGAUGAUGAAGAUGAGCGAGAAUAUAGGAGACGGGAAGAGCUCUAUGCGAAGCGGAUUUUUGACAUGUCCGAUACCGGUUCCACGCAAAAACUUCAAAGUGGCUUGAGUCGAGAUGGUACAUCAUUGCGGGGUACUGGUGAACAGGUAGUGGUACUUGGUGAAGAUAACAACGGGUCAGCAUCGGGUAUUGGACAAAAUAUCAUGUCAGUCAAUGGGGUUCGCGAAACGGAUCGCUUGCGAGUUGUUAAUUUGCAACAGAACGGACCGCCAUUAAAUGUCAGUGCAAGAUCAGUCGGUGACUGCGGUCUGCAGCCCGUUUUGCUGACUGCAUCUGUUGGUGGAAAAGUGGAAAAAGUAGCACCAUUACCGAAUGCAUCGUCUGUGAGUUAUCAACAAAAACGGGUACAUGAUCAUUCCUUACGCGCUUCUUCACAAAUAUCGUUGUCAUCUGAAACCAGCGAAUCAUCCCCGGUUUUUUACACGCAUCUCCCGCCACCGCUACCUGCAACAACGAGGCUGCUGGCGGCGGGAGAGCAGGCGAUCCAUCGUCCUCCUCGAACGUUUGAAUUCAUCAAUAGUUCUGGUAUGUUGAACCAAGCACAAACAUUGAUCGUUACAACAACGCAGCCACCAAGGCAGGAUCAUCUGGAACGACAAAUUUUAGCUAUACCGUCUCAAGAGGUCAUCAUUGGUGGGCAAAGUAUCAGACCAAGAACAGGUGGAAGGCGACGAUCGUUUGCUUCAAGCGUUGCACAAUUGUCGUCUCUUCCGCGACCGGAAAUAAAUUUACAGCGCUCAAAUACUUGUGGUUUUAAUGCAGACAUUGUAACGCAGGCUACGCAUUGUGUUGAUACUAAACGACUUGAACUUGCCAUAAAAGGUUCCGGAGCCCGCAUCAAGCCUUCACCGAUGAUUGCGCAUUCUCUUUUGCAAUCCUGUCCACCGGAAACAAAGACGCUUCGAGAUCUUUUGUUGGGAACUGGGCUAUCAAAUACGAAAACAGCGUUAAGUAACACAGCGGUUAUGCCAGCGGUUACCAGAACAUAUACUGCCCCACAAUAUGUACCUGUUGUUGGCGAUGCUCAUCGCUACGUACCGUUCACUAAUGUGGUUACAACUACUUCUUAUUAUAUGCCAGUAACAGAUGUUUCAUCGCCGGGCAGUGAGAGUAUGUCACCACCAACACCGCAUGCUAUGUCACCAGCAGUACAAAAUCAAUCAGCUCGGAAUUAUUUCGGAGUGACUGAACCGAAAAUUCAAACACCUGUUGCGGUAGUCAGCAGUCGACCAUCUCUGAACGGAACUCAGGUUGAUACAAGACGUAGCGGCGGUGCAAUAAGCAAGACGAAUGGUGGCAGUCGUGAACGCGAAACCUUCAUUAGCUCUCCGCAAGUGGGAAUUGAGUUACAACCGCAUCAGGCUAAAUGCCGCGUCGGUAGUGCUUCGUCGCCUCUAAAUGCAGUAUUGGCUACUGAAAAACCCGCUGAGGGAAAUGCUGUUAGCCGAAGCGGAGGAAAUUCAGCAGCUGCCACUGCAACGACACCUGCAGUUGUUGCGGAAGAAAUGUAUGCAGAGCCAGCGGGGGCCGGAGAAGAUACUUUGAGCAACAAAGUUACGAAUAAUCAUCGUGAUAUUGCUGCAUGUCAUGGAAUGGUCAAUUAUGUCAUUAAUUGA